UUGAUAACGACAAAAGUACCAUUUUAUACUUGUAAAUGUUCAUUAUCUGCUACCUAAAGUAGGUGCGGUAGAUAUUAUAUUCAAUGUUAACUAGUGAUCGUCCCUCUCUUACUAUAGACGCAGAAAUGAUUAUUACAAAGGUAUCAAGUGAGUGUAAAAGUAUUUAUACCUACAUUUCAAUUGACAAAAUAUGAGAAUUUCUUCAAAUCUAGUCUCCUUAGUGCAGGUAUUUUAUAAAAUUUUUGUACCAGAUAUGAUAACUUAUGUACUUGUUGAAAACCUAUGUCCAAUUAAAAAUUCAAAAUGAAAACUAUAAUCGCGUUAAUUGCUUUAAUCGUGCUUUCUGAAAUACUUGAACUUAUCACAGAUGGUGUUGGAAUCAUUUCAAAUAGUAAUCCACAUUGGGAUGAAGAAGAAAUGGAAAAUGAAGAAAAUCAAGACGAUACCGACGAUAAUGUUGAAGAAGAGGUAGAGGAUGAGUCAAAUAAUGAUGACGGGGAGGAGUUGGAAAAUAACGUCGAGGAGAAGGAGGAAGAAGAAGCAGAAGAAGAAGAGGAAGAAGAAGCAGAAAAAGAGGGAGAGGAGGAAGAGGGAGAAGCAGAAGAAGUGGAAGAGGAGGAAGAAGAAGAAGCAGGAGAAGAAGAGGAGGAGGAGGAAGAGGAAGAAGAAUCAGAAGAAGAGGAAGAGGAAGAAGAAGCUGAUUACGAGGAGGAAGGGGAAGAAAAUUAUUAUGACUUCUUCAUUGAUACAAAAUUUUUUUGAAAUUGAUUUUUUUUUCAUUCAGACGAAGUACCAUAAACCAUAACUGUUGUAAAAUGUACCAUGAACCACUCAAAUGAAGUAGAUCUGUUAAUUAGGUGAUGUUUUUUUUUUCAUCCUCGCUGAGUUGGAAAUACUUCUAGCAAAAUGCUGUACCUCACCAACCAAAGUACAUAGGUACAAUGUGUUUUGUACAUACGUAGAUUACCAUACCAAAUUGCUACCUGUGCAGUAACCGAUUUGACCCGAUUUUUUUUUAGUAAGCGAACCCCUUGAAUGGUCCAUCACCAAAUUUAUAGCAGCCCAGUUGUAAAAUCAUGGGUCUCACAGGGGUCCUAAAGUCCCAAAAUUUCGAUUUUUGCUCUUUCACCGAUAAGAAAAAAUAAAAAUGUGUGCUUAAAAACGAUUUCCAAAAUAUAUCAAGUUUCAAAGGGUCAUAGGUUCUAUAGGAUAUUUUGUGGGCCCCAAAUUUUUGAAAAAUUGCCCCAAAAAAAGUAGAGAAAAGACAAAUUUUGAACAACAAAAUCCAUGACAGAAUUUCUGUGUAGGUAGGAAGGUAGGUAGAUACUUAGAUAUAUCUACAUACAACGACAUCCAAGAUACAUUUUUAAAAGCAAAAAUAAAUUUGUUGAAAGUAACACGACUGGUUCGUUAUCCCUAACGAUUAUGGCAGUUGGAUUUUUUUCAGUCUUGACAUUAUAAUGUACUAGAUUGACAUAUUGUAGAAACACAUUCUCAUUAACAAAACUACGAGUAUGAGUAAAUUUCCUUUUUUAAACCAAAUAUGUACGAAGAAAUACUGCGUAAAAACACAUUUUAAUUUACACAAGCUGGUGAUAAAUAUUUCUUUAAAAGCAGUACCUUAAACAAUAUUCUGAAGUAUUCUUCAAUCGAACGUGAUACUUGUGGAAAGCUUUAUCAAAAUGAAGACCAUCAUCACACUCGCCAUUUUCAUCGUACUAUUUGAGGGAAUUGAACCUCGAGCUUUGAACGGAUGUGCGUAUGUGAAUACAACAUUCUGUAAUGGAAUCAACGUUGACUGCAUUAAUGGAAUAGUUACGAUAAAUGGCAAACAAUAUAAAUUCAUCAAACCAUCUGAUAAAGUAGAAAUUACCUUCAAUGAGUUAAAAGUGAAUAACAAACUCGUCGAUAAGAUCACUGCCGCCCCUGGAAGUGGUAGGAGCUCUUUUCUUAGUGGCAAUCCAACACGAGAAGCGAAUGGCAAUAAAUGUCCAUCUGUAGCAAAAAUAAACGCAUCUGAUAUACUUCACUAUUGCGUAAAUGGGCAGUUGUACAUUGACGGUAAAAAAAUUGAAAAUGUAAAACCUACAGAUAACAUUGUAAUUAUUUCAAAUGAUCUUAGAAUUAAUGGUAAAUUCAUUCGACACAUUCGAGAUGAAGGAGAAGAGGAAGAAGAGGAGGAAGAAGAAGAUGAUAAUAAUGGAAUAGAAGAUGAAGAUGAUGACUCGGAAGAAAAUUAUGAGGAGGAUGAAAAUGAAUCUGAUGAAGAGAUUGAUGAUAAUGCGAAAGAAGAGGACGAUGAGGAGGAAGAAGAGGAUGAGGAGGCAGGGGAUGACGAGGAGAAGGAUGAUGAUGAGGGGGAGGAGGAGGAAGGGGAGGAGUUGAAUAAUGAUGAUGAAGAAGAGGAUGAGGUUAGUGAAGAUGAAAAGGAAGAGAACGAUGAAGAUAUUAACGAAAAUUAUGAUGACGAUGACGAUAAGGGAGAGGAGGAGGAGGAGGAGGAGGAGGAGGAGGAGGAGGUGGAGGAGACAGAUGAGGAAAACGAUGAUGUAGAGGAGGAGGAAAUCGAUAAUGAAGACAAAGAGGAGGUAGAAGAAAAUGAUGAAGAAGAGGAAGAAGAAGCAGAAGAAGAAAAUGAUGAAGAAGAGGAGGAGGAAGUAGAUGAUGAUGAAGAGCAAGAAGAAGCAGAAGAAGAAAAUGAUGAAGAAAAUGAUGAAGAAAAUGAGGAAGUAGAUGAUGAUGAAGAUGAGAAUGAGAAUGACGACGAUAAUGAUGAAGCAGAAGACCAACAAGAAGUAAAAACAAAAAACGUCAAUGAUGGUAAAAAAACAUACGAUUUUUCUGGUAUUAAUUUAACAUGCAAUGGGUGUAGUGGAAUAGAUAUGUACUGGAAAAAUGGAAAAUUUUUCAUCAACGAUGUUGAGAUAAAAAAUUACAAACGAGGUGAUAGAUUGUUGAUAGCUGGGAAGAAAGUUUACGUGAACGACAAGUUCAACACCAGCAUUAUGAAUAGCCUACAUAUUUUUGAAAUAUCAUUUAAAAUUGGAUUAUCUACUCGAGGCAUAGAACCCUAUUACGGUGCUAGAGCUAGACCCAGAGGCUUCAUUAAAUCGUCAUCGUAUCGUGGUUAUGAUUUUGAUUCAGAUUCAGAUUCAGAUUCAGAUUCAGAUUCAGAUUCCGAUUCAGAUUCAGAUUCCGAUGAUGAUUACGGUAAAAAUAUUUUCAUGCCAAGUAGUCGGACAAGUUUUAUCAGCGGAGUUUCUCCAAAAAAGACCAUUGUCUUUGAGAACAACAUCGUUAACGGUCGUCGCGUACCCAAUUAUACUAUAACAAAAAGUGUCAACACACCUCCGAGAAUUAUUAAUUCGCAAAAAUCCAAGGUGAUUAAAAACGUAAAGAAACCAGUACAGAAGGCGAACUCGAGUAAAAACAAUAAAACGAAAACUGCCAACAAAUUCAAUUCCAGUAAUAGUGGCAAGAAAAUUUAUGAUUUUUCUGGGAUGAAUAUAACUUGUAACGGAUGGAAUAGUUUGAAUCCUUACUGGAUAGGCGACCAUCACGACCAUUUUCGAACCGAUCUAGAGCCACCAGCCAAUGAUAACUUUUCUCCGGCAUUUGUGGAUCUCCGAGACGCAAAAAUAGACAGCCCUCAAAACAAACUGCAAAAAGGAGAGGAAGAGAAUGACGACAGUGAUAAUGAUGCAGAAGACAGUGAUGCGGAAGAAGAAGAAGACGAUGACGACGAGACAAAAGACAGUGAUGAAGAGGAAGAUGAAGAUAAGGCAGAAAAUAGUGAUGGAGAGGAAGAAGAUGAUGAUGACUACGACGAGGCAAAAGAUGGCACUGACGAAGAAGAAGAUGAUGAUGAUGAUGGCGAUGAAGAAGAAAAUGAAGAAGACGACGACGAUGGCAAUGAAAAUCAAGAGGAAGAAGAAGACGAUGAUAAUGUGGAGGAGGGUGAGGAAGAAGAGGAAGAUGAUUAUGACGAUUAUUAUGAAAAACAACCACCAAGUGUAAUUAUGAAUUUCUGCAAUAAUGUGUCAACUUACACGAAGAAUGGAAGAUUUUACGUAAACGAUUACGAAUUGAAAAAUUUCAAGUCAACUGACAAAGUAUUGAUUGAACAUAAUAACCUUUAUGUGAAUGGUAAAUUUAUUCGUUAUAUUAAGCCAAAGGUAUCACAUUCGCUUUACUUUUGAUCACGCAUUAGAGUUUUUUAUUAGAAACCAUAAAAAACGACAAAUAAAGAAUAU